CUCGGUGUUUAACAGUGUACAGUACAGUGUACCGUGUACGAGUGAUACACGGGAUCUAGCAUUUGUGUGAAGUGGGUGCACCCGCCAGCACUUUGAUACGCAUCUACUCUCCCACAAGAACCGUCUCACAGCAAACAGCUCGUUUUGCUCCUUUCUCCUCCGAUGACUGCACGAGGCUCAACCAAUAAUGGACCAAGAAAGACACAGAAGCGGAACCUAGUGCAUAAGACCAAAGGGAAGGAGCCACUAAAGAAGGGAAAGGAACGUUUCCAGGGUCGGGUCGAAAUUACCGGCAAUGUCGCUUACUUACUACUGGACCAAGCGCCAGAAAUGAGAGAGUGGCGGAUGCGUGAUCAUCGCAGGGAGAAGAUGCACAAGACUUUUGCAAAGAUCAAUAUAAAG